UAUGCGAUUGUCCGUUUAUUCCUUACGGUAUAUUCCUUGUUCAUUUCACCGGCACAAGUAAAGUUUGACCGCUCCUAUAAUUUGGCUAUUUAGGGUCACAUGAACAUGUUACUUUUCAUUCGUUUAGUAGAGCAUAAGUUCCAUCUGUUUUUGCUAAAUUUUGCGGUCGAAGUGUAGCAGCUGCAAGGGAACUUGAGAGAGGGCUGAGCAAUGGCUAAAGAACAACUGAAGGUGCUCAAUGCCCUCGAUUCAGCCAAAACACAAUGGUACCAUUUCACGGCGAUUAUCAUCGCCGGCAUGGGCUUCUUCACCGAUGCAUAUGACCUCUUCUGCAUAUCCAUCGUGACGUCACUCCUCGGCCGCCUGUACUACACCGUGCCGGGUUCGUCCACCCCAGGCACUCUGCCUUCCAACGUGACGUCAGCGGUCACUGGGGUCGCCUUGAGCGGGACCCUUGCAGGCCAGAUCUUCUUUGGGUGGUUGGGGGACAAGAUGGGCCGGAAGAGGGUCUACGGCGUGACCCUCAUGCUCAUGAUCUUCUGUUCCAUCGCCUCGGGGCUCUCCUUCGGUAAGGAAGCGAAAGGGGUGAUAGCAACCCUUUGCUUCUUCAGGUUUUGGCUUGGAUUUGGAAUUGGUGGGGACUACCCCCUUUCCGCCACCAUCAUGUCGGAGUACGCGAACAAGAAGACUCGUGGUGCCUUCAUUGCGGCUGUCUUCGCAAUGCAGGGCUUCGGGAUUUUGGCUGGUGGUGCAGUCAGUAUAAUUGUCUCCGCGGCCUUUAAGGCUGCAUAUCCUGCUCCGGCCUAUGACGUCAAUCCAAGCCUCUCCACUGUCCCCCAAGCCGACUAUGUGUGGCGGAUAAUUUUGAUGUUCGGUGCGGUUCCAGCAGCUCUAACAUAUUACUGGCGGAUGAAAAUGCCCGAAACAGCUCGUUACACCGCUCUAGUUGCCAAGAACGCCCAGCAAGCUGCAGCCGACAUGUCGAAGGUUCUCCGAGUUGAUUUGGAAGCAGAGCCGGAGAAAGUCGAGCCGCGGGAGCAAGGGAACGACUUUGGCUUGUUCUCGAAGCAGUUCGUCCAACGCCACGGACUCCACUUGCUCGGUACUACAACCACCUGGUUCCUCUUGGACAUUGCCUUCUAUAGCCAGAACCUUUUCCAGAAAGACAUCUACACGUCCAUCGGUUGGCUUCCAGCGGCGGAAAAAAUGAGUGCCAUAGAAGAGGUGUACCGGAUUGGGCGUGCACAGAGCCUGAUCGCUCUGUGCGCCACAGUCCCAGGGUACUGGUUCACGGUGGCACUCAUCGACAAGAUGGGAAGGUUCGCAAUACAAUUGAUGGGCUUCUUCUUCAUGACAGUGUUCAUGUUUGCUUUGGCCAUCCCAUACAACCACUGGAAAUCGCCUGGCAAUAGUACUGGGUUCCUGAUCAUGUACUCUCUCACGUUCUUCUUUGCAAACUUUGGGCCCAAUGCCACCACAUUUGUGGUCCCCGCCGAGAUCUUCCCAGCAAGGUUUAGGUCGACGUGCCACGGCAUAUCUGCAGCAGCUGGCAAGGCCGGGUCCUUGUUGGGCACAUUUGGUUUUGUGUAUGCAGUAGACGGGAUCGGCAUUAAGAAGACCAUGAUGAUACUCGGCGCGACCAACUGCCUCGGGGUGGUCUUCACGUUCUUGGUACCGGAGGCGAAGGGCCUUUCGCUUGAGGAAAUUUCUGGAGAGGAUGAAGAAGGAGAUGCAGCCGAGGUGAGGACUGUCACUGUUUGAGGAGGCCUUAUUUUCUAGACAUGUGAUCUUUCUAGCAGACUUUUAUUAAUGUAAGUUAGCUUCAGUACAGUUUUAAACCGAAUAAGCUCUGAAAGCUGCCUUUAAGCCAAAGAUAAGAAAAAAGACAGAGCUUUAAAAGCUGCCUUUUCCAGCCUCUGAUCAGGUGGACCUCUAUUGAAUACAUUCAUGCCACCAUCCUUGAAGCUUGACUUAUGGUUCAUUGAAGUAGAGGCAGAUGUAUCUUUAUUCUUAUAUAAUUUCAUUUUGACAUUUUUAAACGUAA